AUGGCGUCGAGCGAGGCCCCCGAACGCCCCAGCACCUAUUUCCGACGCACCCACCCGAUCUUCAAGGCUGCGGUCGUGUUCGGCUUGAUAUACCAUGGGUGGGUAGUCUUUUCACCGGGAACAUUUCCCUACGACUUCCUGGGACCAGCCGGCACCUUCACAAGCUACUUGGUGGAGAAUCACAAAAUUUAUGUCGAUAUUGGGUAUGCCAUUGUCUGGCUAAUUCAUAUUGUGGAAGCACUUUACUGUAUCAAGCUGUGCCGGGACAAAGGCAUCACAGACCCUUCAACCCAGUUGCGAUGGGUCAUUCAAACCUUUUGUUUCGGAUUAACUUCCUUUUUCCACUUGCUGAUUUACGACCCACCAAAGGAAACAAACACCACGGAAGGACUCCACCCAAAGAAAAAGAAAAACUAA